AUGUUUGAGAUUCAGAUCAAUUGCGCAAUCUGUGAUAAAUUACAGGAAUUGGCAAAAGAGACGAAUGAAGAUGACAAGUCUUUGAAAGAUGAAGUGGAUACGCUUUUAAAUAAUGGAUCCAUUUCAAUGGAAAGAUUAUUACAUUAUCAUAAAACCUAUUGGAAAGAAACAACGAGGAUGAAGGAUCUUCUGAUACCGUUGGAGUUUAAAUUCAAAGAAAAACAUAACCCUGGAUCUAAAUAUUCUGAUGAUUUUAAGACACAAUUGAAAUUGUUGAAAUUGAAACAAGAUGAGCUUGACUAUCAAAAUUUAAUCAAAAAAGAUAAGCAGAACACAUUAUUGGGAAGUAAUGAACGUGAUGAUAAUGUUGAUUUAAGUCCUGCUGAAAUUAAUAAACAGAUUAAAGAACAAAUCACAACGGUAUUUAAUAUUUUGGUUACUGUUGUUUCUGUUGUGUUUGCUAUAUGGUAUUGGUCAGGGUCUUCAUCUUAUUUACCUCUUCAUUAUAGACUUUUAUUAUGUAUACUUGCAGGGAUAACGGUCUUGGUUGCAGAAGUUGUUGUUUAUAAUAGUUAUUUGAAUAAAAUUCAGGAGGCUAAACUGAAAGAGAGAUCUAAGAAAGAAAGGAAGAAAGUUAUUAAAAAGAUUACAUUAUAG